AGACCGGCCGGUGAGGUGGCGCGGCGGUCCACGUGUUGUAUGCGCUUCUCGCGAUCCUUUUCGCGACGGGUCUAUUUGUAAACACGGCAUACGCAACGUAAGAUGGACGUGAAGUACAAUUCUCGCAAGCAAGACUGGGAGAAUUUGGAGAUUUCGCGAGAGGAGUUGGAGACGAUAACCGAUAACCUGAAAAAGGACGAAUUUCGCAAAUUGCUGAUCGAAUACGCGGAGGAGGUGUCCAAUCCGGAGAACCGUAGAAUCUACGAGAGAGAGAUCGCCCAGCUCGAGAAGGAGCGGGGCGUAGACGUGACGUUCGUUAACCCCGAGCCCGGUUACGUCAUAAAAACUAGCGUAAACGGCGACCGGAAGUGUUUCCUUAAUAUCAGUAAGAACGAAAUUGUCGCCCGUCCCUCCAGCGCUCCUUCGUACGAACAAGGUCAUCGUGGUCUGCAGUGGUCGAUUCCGUACACGCUGAUACCCCCUCGCGAUGACCUUGACAAAAAGAACGUGCGAUGCGUGGUGUUCGACGUGGUCUUUCAUCCGGACACCAUCUACCUGGCGUCCAAGAACGCUCGUUUCCGCGAAAUUGUCAACAACACAGCGAUGGACGGCGUGGAGAAUAAUUUCAAGGUGAAAUUGGACAGGAAGAACCUGAAGUUUCCCAAGAUGACCUUCAAAGGGGUAUGUCAACCCACGGUGAUCAGGAAGCCCUCAAAAGAACCACCGAAGGAGCCGUUAGAUAUCGAACCAGAGAUCUAUCAAAAAAUAAUGGCAAAUUACGAUGAAAGUCGCGAAAAGCACUCGAGGCAGAUGGAGGAGAAACCGCAGCGUGUCCCGCCAGUCGCUACCUAUUAUAAGAACAGGCAAGAAACAUCUAUUAAUGAAAAAUAUGUCACUCCCAAGUUUUCCAUAAAACAUCAAUCCGAUGUGGAUAUGGAAGACUUUAUGUUGAGUAAAGAUGCCAAGAUGUAUGCUGCAAUUCCUAAGAAAUUAGUGAUCACCAUAGAUCUGCCCUUGUUGAGGAUUGCGAGUGACGCAACACUCGAUAUACACGAACGGUCUCUCACUUUGAAAAGUGAGAAACCCGCAAAGUAUCUGUUGGAUCUGCCAUUACCAUAUCCUGUAGACGGUGAUAAUGGAAAUGCUAAAUUUGAUCCAAAGUAUAAGAAGUUAGUUGUAACCUUACCAGUUGUACGGCAAUUGGUAUCAGCGGAUACAACAGCAGACAACAGGAUUGAAGGUGAUCAAAACGGUUUUGCAACAUCUAAAGAUGGAGAAGAAAAAUUAGUCGGCGACAACAUAGAAUUAGUGAAGGAGUGUGAAAGCGUUUGUGACAAUGUAGAGCCCGAUAAAGCUAGUAACGCGAUAGAAAAGUGUAAAGAUACAGCCUUACGGACUAGUAACAUUAUAGAAAACGCGGACACAUUUAUGAAUUCUAAUGUUAAGUACAAUCUUCCUCCGUAUGUUUGUAACAUUUACAAUAAUCAGUUGGCCGUUACAAUUAAUGUAAAGAACGUGAAUCACGACGAGAUACAUCACAAAAUUCUAAAUGACAAUGUAGGGAUACAUAUCUUGCUGACAUCCGUGGGUGCUGGAUUUUUCCCACAAUAUUAUUCAUUGUGUCUUAAGUUGGUAGAUGCUUACAUUGAUCCGGAAACUCUCAUAAUUGAGCCGUGGGACAAUAAUGUUAUAUUCAAUGUCACUGUGAAGGGCAUUGAGAAUGCGACGCAAUAUUUUGUUGGAGUAAACACAGAACUGAUGGAAGGGAAAGAUCUUCCUACAGCAGCUUCGUUUAGAAAUAAAUUUAAAGAAUUGAUGGCUUCUCCGGAAGACGAGCCGCAAAGGGAAAGACAAAUAUCUGUACAACCGCAGGGUGAUGGCGUUGUUAUAGAUAUUCGUUCGAACCAGCAGGAUUCUGACGAUGAGGAAGAACAGGAAAGUACGAAAGUCGCGACGGAACAAUCGGAGAAUAAGGACGACGAGAAGGCCAGAUCAAUCUCGGAAAGCAGCGGGGACGAAUUGGCGAGCAGCAACGGUAGUGCGAGGCACUCGAAAGGAAUAUUGAAGUCGCAUAGGGCGCGCAAUUUUGCUCGUUCCGUGUCCGAGUCGAGCGCCGAAGAAAAUAGUCUUCCAGCAUCGUGCACAGAUUACCACUACGAUUCCGUGCACGACGUUAACUCCGAAUCUGAUUGUUCCAGCUUGAAAAAGACCGUGCGAUUCAACGAUGUGGUUUCGCGUCAAUUAUUCAGAUCUAAUUCGAGUAUUCUCGGACAGCGUAAGAAGAAUCAGCGUAAACUGCGGAAUAAGAAGCGCGCGCACGAACGACGUUUGAGCGAGAGCGAGAAUUCGGAAACCGAGGAGCGGGACAAGUACAAGGCGCAUUAUAAACGUCCGUCGAGCAGCGAGGAAACCUCGGAAAACGUGAAACCUAUACUCGCUCGGGACAAGCAUUCGCCGCAACAAAAAACCGCUAACAUUGAGAUCGCGAAAUCGAACGGCGACGACGUCCACAGACGUAAAUCUUCGUUCGAGGAAAAACCUACGGAAGAUGCCGACGCGUUGAUUAAAGCGAAAGAUACGGUUCAACUGGAAUUUAAGAACGAUCUGAUAUUUGACCUCGAUAUGUAGAUUUAAAGGUGCAAAGAAAAAAAAAUAGGCUAAUGAAAGCACCGCACGAUGUGAUUAGCGAUUAGUCUGUGCGUAACUGAGCACGAUUUGAUAAUUUGGUAACUUUGAUAAAAAGAGAUCGAUACUGAUAUCAAACUCGCAUAUAAAGUUUGUUAUUUUAAGGUAUAGAAUGUCAAAAAGAUUUAUUUAGAGAAUGAUAUGUGUACAUUAUAAUAUCUUAGUGCUUUGUUUUGCUGUAAAGGGGCAGAUAAUAUUUAAACAAGCAUUAUAGAACGCGAGUCGAAAAUAAUCGCUUUAUCCUCGAUGAGAGAAAAGAA